AUGGCGGCAACCUCACUCGAAGCUGAGAUGCAGCGCCUGAUCGAGCACAUUUUCUUGCCGCCGAAACUACCUCACAGCGAGGACGAGGGCAGCGACAUCGCUCUCAUCUCCAUCACGCGGAAGGCUCUCGCUUCUCUCCAACACCUCAUCCUUCCCAAUGCAGUACCACCGGCGCUCACGAACGCGAUCGCGCUGAUGGACCGCCUCAAGAAGAUAAACAGCUUGGAGCUCGGCAAGACCAAUGAAUCAGCUCUUCGUAGUCUUCUUUCUUUGCCGGCUGGACAGACGCUUGCGUUCAAAGUUAGCGCUCAGAAUACUGGUGUCAUGAUCAGUCGUCAGGCAAAGGCACUUGUCUUCGAGGCCUUCGAGCUCUCUGCAGCCAAUGCGGCAGUCAUGGGCACCAAGGGCAGGCUGACUCGAACUUUUCCCGGGGUUGCGGUCUCUUUGAGCGCUGAAACCCUUGCACAAGACGACUGUGCCGCCACAAUCGCGGCCACGCUCUCGCGAAUGUGCCAUCAAUCGGUUCCCGGUAUGCAGCCCGUCUCAUGGAAGGCCGGCUUUUCGCAUGAAGAAGGACGCGAUACCGCAUCUCCAGCUGCUGUUACUGAGCUAUUCUUUGGCUUCGUGAAGGGACUCGAAUCGACAAGCGCCAUCACUGUGUCCCAGAUCACAAAGAACACCCGCGACGAAGUUCUCUGGAACCAAGCGAAAGGACCAUGGCGGCGGGCUUCAAUGUGGCUGCUCAUUCGAGUGGCUCUACAGCUUGUGAUAUCUCGCUCUCCUGGAGGAUCUCGUGACUUCUACAAAGAAGUAAUGGUAUACAUAAUGAGUUUCACUUUGCAGACCUCACGGGAUCCACCAAGCGAGUUAUUGUUCGCCAUGAGCGCAAAGAUUUCACGGCGACUCCAUAAGCUCUACGGGACCUCACUCACGCUGCCUGGCUCAGUGAGAGCCGACAUUGACCGUGUCCUUCGUGAGACAUCCGACAAGCUCUCUGCGCGUUGGGACACUAUACAGAAGCGAGAUCAGCGUAACCUGCAGCUGCCAGCAUUGGUCAGCCUGAAUUUUGAGGCCGACACUCAAGUGGCACUACCGGAGCUCGACCAAUAUCUCGCAGCUUUACACGCUCGUCAACGAAAUACAGCCUCCUCAUGCUUUGCACCUUCAUCCGAGCUGUUACAUCACACCCCCGAUGCCUUGCCUCUCCUGCCCUCGCAGAAUUCCGGGAAUCUGUAUUAUGCCACAGCCAAUCUACAUCAAUUCGAGCAAUGGGUUUCGCAGCACUUAGGCCGAUGGCUUACUGAGUAUGCUGGCGAUGAUGCAUGCGGCAAACUCCACAGGUCGAUGGAAGCGUAUCACAGCUUGGCUGACAGCCACUACUCGGGGAAUCCCGAAAUGCAAUCGGUGAUGGUCCUUACGAUCUACGAUAUUUGGGUUGCCUGUGACCAGAUAGCCGUCAAUUCGUGUUCCCUCCUGGCCGAGUACGAUCCCGAAAUACCGAUUGCCGUGCUGGAGACCCUACUGCUACCAUCUCGUUCCCAGAUGGAGCGCCUGGUCAAAGUGGAGCAGUACUUGCAGUCACGAAAGCGUAAUGCUGUCAGAAACGCCGACCAACUCUUCAGCAUGGGGUCACAAGGCUUUGCCAAUCGAUAUUUCGACCAGUCGGAUGCGCAUCAAGAUCUGCUGGCGGAAAUCCAGAAAGAUGCAAAGGAGGCGCGAGAGCGUAAGAUACAGCAGUACAGGACGGUCAAAGCUGAAUACCACCACCUGGACUCCCUACACCAUCAAGCUCAAUGUGAACAUGCAACCAGAGUCAUUGAUGCUUGGUGUGUUCCACCAGAGACAGAGCGUUAUCAUAAACCGGACUGCAACAAGUGUUCACUAGCGAGGCAGCGCGACGCCUUAUCUAUUGAGGUGCACGAGUGGCCACUGCCGGAUGAUCCAUCUCGCGCCCGCGCCGUCGUGUUCGAGCUUCGUGUACCUGUUUGGUUGGGACAUUGGCGCGACGCACGCACACACUUUCUGCGGAACGUACUGAAGGGGAGGCGACCUCAGCUGUGGCCACAUACGUCCUACAUGCUGUCAUCGAACGACCCUCAUCUUACUCACUUACAGGGACCGUCAACUCAUCGCAUCACCCUUCUGUCACAGACAAAACCUUGCGUGAACACACGCUGGAGUAGCAAGGCUAUCGCAACCUUGAGAGAGGCCGAGGUGUGCCAGCCCAAUGGACUCCAAUACGAAUAUCACGAUUCCGUCAACAGCGAGAUCACGCACCCGUUCACAUUCGACGAUGCCAUUGCUCGCGCUUGCACUUACGAACUGUCACGCGAUAGUCUGCAGCGUUUCAUCUUUCGCCCGACCGCCGCGCCAGAUGGUGUAGCUCCAAACGCCGUCAUCGCCGGGCAAGACACAUGCCCACAAGACAUGCCCCUUGACGAGUACAAAGAGCUCACGACCAUUGCCCUAGGCCGCCACAUUCAGUGGGCGAACAUCAUGUUGCAGCUCGCCAUGCCGGGCAUCGACUUCAAAAAGACCGACACAACACUCUGCUUGCUCCAAUGCAUCAAUCAGGCAGGGCCGCCUAGAGGAAUCGCGUUCGCGCGUGAGUCUCAUGUCUUCCCGAGCAUCAGUGCAAAUGCUGAUGCCCUCGCGGCCAACCUCAUCGUUGCUCUACAGAGAGUAAAAGAGAAUUGGGAAUCUGCGCAAGCCCUUCGCACAUUCAUCUCCAUCGCCGCUCGGUUGCUCUCGCUCAGCUCUUCCGUGUCUUCUCGCGACAAUUGUCUCGAAGUUUUGCGAAGCGCGCGUGAAAUCGCUGUCAAGUGGGUUGGCGUUCUGCGUGAGAAGGCUUAUGUAGCCCAGGCCGAAGCGGAUAGGACGAUUUUCGUCUCAAAAGCUGUCGAGAUGGCAUUGAUCUGUGCAUCAGCUUUUGAUGUGGAAGAUGAAUACAUCGAUGACAUACUUCAGCAUGAUGGAUCCAUUCUGCUGCAAUGUUCUAUCGUGAUCCAAGAAGGGGAGCACAGUCGAACGAGUGACGGUAGAGAUCAUGUCUCUCUGCUUGACGUACGUUACAAGCGACUCCUCCACCGACUCUACAAGACGCUGGCUCAGCAGCAUUUGCACAACCAGCUUGAUCACGCCGUUGACAAGAUGUGGUCGGGCUACAGACCAGGCAACCAUGGCUGGCAUCCCGUGUCAACCACCGUGGAUCAUUGGCUGGAAACAGAGACUGCGACGACACCGCUCGCCCCAAGCAUGAGCGUGCAUUUUGAUCUGCUUAGCGGUACCCUACUUGUAAACGGGUUGCCCUUGAAUAGCCCACCUCGAAGCUACCGCGAGUGCCAAUUGUACUCGACGCUCUUUCGCAAUGCUGCAGUGGAAGUCAUGCCUUGUGUAGCUCCCGGGUUCGACUUUUCGACCAAGCGCAGCUUUGGCAAUGGCUAUGCGGUGCAGCUCGGUCUCAAUGCUGGUGACCUGUUGGUCAAGGCUCAAAAGGGCAAUGCAACUUUUGAAGCAAUCCCAGCUCGGGUGAUCAGCGGGUUUCCAAUGCACUUCCAACACGACUAUGUACACUGGUUCGACACCACAAAGAACGUCAUCCAAUUUCGGCCAAAGAAUGAUCCUUGGAGUACCUCUUCAAGCGCCAUGUGGACGCUUUUUGCACUUCCUGGACAGACGAGAUGGCAGCUCCAGAGAGCCGGAUCCUGUGUCGCUGGUCUCAGCUCGCAGACAUCGCAACAUGUGGCGAACAUUCUGGAACCAUUGGCGGAAUCUGCAUACAUACACAAUAUCCUGCAUGUGUCUGGCGGCGAGCAGCGACUACACGUAGACAUACCCACCUUACGAACGGGGUUCCUCUUAUCUCCUCGGAGCUCGGAUCUAGAGUCGAGAGAAUAUCGGUCUAUGAUCAUCGACAGCGAUCAAUCUAUGGGGACAUUGGUGGGCUUGAAAAGCAAGAUCGUUCUCAAACCACAAGAAGCUGACGACCAUCAUCCUGGAUCGCGUAUGGCCCUUCUUCCUGAAUCAGGCUCCAUUCUCUACAAUCGAGAGGGCGGACAUGUCAGCGUGGCCGUCGUCAAGCGUCUGAUUUCCAAAGUGCAUGCUGUAUCCAUCGACGCAGAAUUGGGUCGUCUCAUCCACAAUGCCGAUAACGGCCUGUACUUGGCGUAUCUCCACGCGCUGACCUCGUUCUGUCUCAUCGAUCCCCUUACCAAGAAAUCUGGCACUGAACAGGCACUGAAUCUCAUGAGGAGCGCUGCGGUACACUCGCUUGAUCGACUAUCCCAAGGAGAUAUUCAAGCGCUACAGCUCCUGGCGAAACUCAGCCCUGGGCGUAGCUUCUAUCCAAAGCACUUGCAAUCGAUGCAGGUUGUAUAUUGGGACCACAACCUGAGUUUUCUUUCCCAGCAUGGGCACUUUGUCCAACAUGCACAAGAUCUUCUUCAGCGCGCCUGUAGAGCUGCAGUAUUCUUCCCAAAAGCACAGGCAGAACUUCAAGAGGUCACGUUGCGUCUACCAGAUCAGCAUCUGCCAGAGAGAGAUAACAUACGUUCUGCUACGUUUCGGGUUUCUACCUUUGGUGCAGAAGAUCAUACAGCUACGUGUGAUGUCGAGUACCAGGCCCGGGACCGAGAUGUUCAGUCACAGCGUGCGAUGGACGCCGCAAAUAUGGCGAGCUUCAUGUCCCGGCACGGAAAUGACAGAUCGCUGCCUGCAGUCUCCGCGGGUCAGCUUUGGCAAGUCUCAUUGUCAGCCUCACAAAUCGAGGGCCCGGGCUCUCUCACGCAGCCCCACGAGCUGACCACAUUCUCCCCGGGACUACUUUUGGAUGGACACGAGCAAGUCAUCAAGUACUUCCCUGUCUUGCAUCGUUGGGCAAGUAGCGCAGGCUCUCGAGCACACAAGUUCUCGAUCUUGAUGUGGCUGUCAACAAUUGCCUCGCAAUCAAAGCUGGACGCGAGUAUUCUACAGCUUCUCGCAAUGACGUUCAAGUCACCUUCGCUCGCACAGAUGGGAAAUCCAGAUCUGGCUGCGUUCUCUCCCGGGCGUGGUGUGACUUCCGACUUCUCCACUUUGCGUCAAAUCGUUUUCUCGUUCCGCAAGCCGCUGGGGUCGUGUCCAGAGAACCACUUGGCUCGAAAGGAUAAUGAAAAAUUGAAUGCUUACAACAGCAGAAGAAGCAAUACCUGGCAGCAGAAGAGCGAAAAUGUAAUUCGUGCCUUCGCGAGCGCACUUACAGGGCAAUGGCCAUGCGAAGUGCCAACGACUCCAGCCGUCAGCCUUCAAGCCGCAUAUAUCAACGUCGGAGAUGCCAUGAGAGCUAUCAAGGAGCAGUUCAAAUCUUGGCACGACAACAAGCGCCUCCGUGAUUAUUUUGCUCAACUCGAAUUGACUAUGGGUAGCUUUGGCUAUCAGGAGCUGCCUUCUUUGGUCACUGCCCGCAAUGUACACAGUGCCCCCGAUGUUGACGUCCGCUCCGGUUUCGUCUCUGAGCAGGAACUGUUCUCCGUGGUCCCUCCAGACCUUCCACAGAACUAUCUUCGCUUAGAUGUCCCCGCAGCACGACAAGACGUUUCAUCACGGAGAGGCGAAUCGCGCUUAGCUUCACUGCUGAAGACAUUGAAGGAGUGCCAUUCGCAAUCGCGCUUUGCAAAGAAGUAUGCCGAGGAGCUCGACGAGAGCUUGGAUGCACUGCAGAGUAGCGAUGGUGCAAGAACGUCCAUCGAAAUGCCCGAAGCUCAGCUCGUUACCAACUUGACACUAUGUGCCGCUCAUGCCGGGCACAUCUACCAUCGUCUGGAAGCUGCUGUGCAAGCCGCAAUGCGCUCACUGCCCAAGAUGCACACGCCUAGAAUCUCCCCAUUGGGAUUUCUGCAACAAUUAGCUCGGUCGCGAUGGAGCCGUCUGACUCCAGGAUGGCAGGCAUCUAUUGUGGAGUACGGCCUGGCCCUGACUGCACUUCAGCGGGCAGUGCGACUUCUCAAGUUGUCAAAUCCUUCCCGGAUGGACGAUCUCGUUGCUGAGCUCCGCAACAUUGGCCACACGAAUUGGGAUCCUAUGCAAUACCCAGAGUCUCUGCUUAUCGAGGUCGAGAGCGGCAUCAUGAUCCGCGAAGUACAGAAACAGAUUGCAGGCUACAUGCGCGAUCCGCCCGGGGGCGAAAAUGCAGUCAUGCAACUGCUCAUGGGCCAAGGCAAAUCGAGUGUGAUAGUGCCAAUCGUGUCUGCGUUUCUAGCAGGUACUGGCGACAGGCUUUGCCGUGUUCUGGUCGCCAAACCACAAUCUAAGCAGAUGGCACAGAUGCUGAUCUCUAAGCUUGGUGGCCUGGUCGAUCGGCGACUUUACUACAUGCCAUUCUCAAGAUCGCUCAAACUCGAUGCGGCUAGCGCAGCAACUAUUUGCGACCUGUUGCGAGAAUGUAUGCUCAACGGCGGCAUUCUUCUUGUACAGCCCGAACACAUUCUGUCCUUCCAGCUCAUGGCACUGGAAUGCUUCAUCGCCGGCAAGCAAGAUGUAGGACGUCAGUUGCUGGCAGCCGAUAUUCGAUCUAUGUUGAGCUCGGCACGAGAUAUCAUCGACGAAGCAGACGAGAACUUCAGCGUGAACUUCGAACUCAUCUACACCAUGGGUUUGCAAUCUGCGAUCGAGGCCUCGCCAGAUCGCUGGAUCCUUGUGCAGCAGAUACUAGGGGUGGUGAAAUUACUAGGACCACGGAUCUCAAAGGCAGCGCCCGAUGCUGUCGAAUACCUUCCGGGUGCUUUCGCAGGCAGCUUCCCUCGCAUUCGUAUUCUGCGCGAAGAAGGCGGAAACCUGCUGCUCGACAGCUUGGCAGAUCACGUCUGCGCCCACGGACUACGUGGACUGCAAAUCUCGCGACAGCCAGAGACAAUCAGAAAGGCGAUUCGCCAGUACAUCACGAAACUGGAGCUCAGCGCCGAAGACGUCAAGGCCGUAGAGGAAUCUGUCUUCUGGACAGAUGCCAAUAGCUCGCCUCUGCUCCUCCUUCGAGGGUUCAUAGCUGGCGGCGUGCUUGCUUUCGUCUUCGGCCACAAGCGCUGGAGAGUGAACUAUGGUCUGACGACGGCGCCUCGUGUGCCACCGACGAAACUUGCCGUACCCUAUCGCGCCAAAGACAUGCCAUCCCCAAGAUCAGAAUUCAGCCACCCUGAUGUCGUCUUGUUCCUUACUUCGCUAUCGUACUACUAUGGAGGCCUUGGCGAUGAGGACCUCUUCACAGCUUUGAGCCAUGUUCUUGAUUCAGACCAAGCCGACAUUGAAUACAUGGCCUGGGUGAAGGAUGCGCCUACUUUGUCUAUCGCUUUCAGGCAGCUGCAAGGCAUCAACCUCAAGGACCGAUCACAAUGCAUUAACGAGGUCUUCCCAAGCCUCCGAUUUGCCAAGAAUGUGGUCGACUACUUCUUGUCAAACGUCAUUUUCACCAAAGAGGCCAAACAGUUCCCAGAAUCAAUUUCACACUCAGGCUGGAACAUGGGCAGAUCGAAGAAGGAUUCGGGUGGUUUUUCUGUGGCUUUUUCUGGGACCAACGAUUCAAAGGAUUUGCUUCCUACGGAUGUGGCCCAUUUAGACCUGCAGGAACAAAAGCAUACCAAUGCGCUUGUGCUCGAGCACAUCCUCCAACCCGGUAACGGGGUCGUCUUGAUGCAACCAGCGAUGGACAUGGCGCUUUCCGACGCCGAGCGACUACUGACACUGGCCAUGGCUCUCGAUCCACCAGUCCAGGUCAUCCUGGAUGUGGGCGCACAGAUUCUCGAGAUGGAUAACCUGCAGGUUGCCAAGACAUGGCUCGAGAUGCAUGAUACCGAGAAAGAAGCGGCGAUUUUUGUCAAUGAUGAUGAUGAAUUAUGCGUAGUGGAUCGCGAGGGACGUGUCGAGCUGCUGAGAACGUCGUCAUAUGCUACUAGACUCGGUUCUUGUCUCGUCUUUCUGGACGAAGCACACACGAGAGGCAUUGACUUGAAGCUACCUGCAACAUACAGAGCACUGCUCACUCUCGGAGCUGGCCUGACCAAGGACCGGACCACGCAAGCCGCAAUGAGAAUUCGUCGCCUAGGCCAAGGCCAGAUGAUCGUCUUCUGCAUUCCGCAAGAGAUUCAGUCAAAGAUCUGCGAGUUGACGUCGAAGAGUGACCCUGGGAGCAUCAGCACUUCAGACGUUCUACUCUGGACCAUUUCUGAGACUCACAAGGAGAUCCGGCGGUGCAUUCCGCUCUGGAAAGCGCAAGGCGAGCGAUUCUGCCGCCAGGAGAUGUUGUGGGCCGAAUACGAGCAGAGCAAGGUCAUGUCCAAGGACCUCGCUGAGCGGUUCCAGGAGGAUGAUGCCCAAUCAAUCGAACAGCGAUACCGCCCUCGUCAACAGCAACCGCUGACCACGCAUCUGCGUGACUGUUCCGAUGGCAGACUUCGACUCAUCGCGCAACGCUGCGAGGAACACGAUGAUCUGAACCUCAAUGCGAGUACGCUACAGGAGGAACAGGAGCGGGAGCUAUCUCCAGAGAUCGAGCAGGAGAGACAAGUCCAGCGACCCCAUGCGGCCGAGCCUGCAAAGCAUACCCUUCAUAAUGACGUUAUUGCAUUCGCGAAGCAGGGAACGUACAGCAGCAAUUCGCGGGCUUAUAUGCCCGCAUUCCAGGCUUUUCGUCACACGAGCGCUGUCAAAGCCUUCGACCUAGCUCAGCUGAAGAAGGAUCCUAAGCUUCACGUCUCGCUCGACUUUGUAGAGACAGUCCAACGUUCUGGGAUCAGGUCCUACAAAUCAGACUCUUUCCAGCGCUCGGUCAACUGGCUCCUUUCGACAAAGACUCCGGAGGGCAAUGACAUCGAGAGAAUCUUGAUCAUCUCGCCAUACGAAGCUAACCAACUGUAUCCGAGCAUGGCACAGUCGAAGGCUACCCUGCAUCUCUACAAGUCCCGCGGGAAUUCUGGCUACGAACCACUAGACCGCCUCGAUUUCCACACGGUGCCUAUCCUCAGUCAGCUACGUAUACCACGCUCGCUCGCGAUUCAGCUCAAUUUGUUCGCUGGUCAGCUGUACAUUAGCUCAUACGAGGACUACCUAGAGAUUUGCAAGUUCCUCGGACUUUCUACUCGGGCUGUAACGGAAGACAUGCUUGGCUGGCAGCAGGAUGCAACAGGCUUUAUCCUUCGAGACGACCAGGGACGUCUUGGAGGCGAGUCUGGGCUGAAGAAGAGCCCGGUAAACUUCAUGAAAAUUCUGAUGUCGAAGAUUAGGAAGAACGGCCAAUCGAUUGCAAAGACGCACAUGGGCGAGCUGUUGGAUGGGAAGCUGUUUCAGCAGUCGGACUUUGAGUAG